AUGCCCAUGUCCUCUCUCCCAGCAGCCAUUUUGUCUCAUAUGAUAGCAAUAAGCAAUGUGCCUCCUCCUCCACUUCUCAGGAUUCCAAGCUUGCACAUGUCUAAGAAUAUUGAUUAUAGUCAACUGAAUGCAUUAUGCCACAUGAGAGGGCUACAGCAUAGCCGGACCAAUAUCCUGUCAGCUCACAAUGCAUUUAUAAAGCAAUAUCCUAAAAUAUUCAUUCAGAAAAAAACCAGACUGCCUAAAAUUGUCAAAGAGGAAGUGAAAAGAAAAACUGCUGAAGGUGCAGAAGAAGAUAAACCCCAACAACCUGAUGAUUCUCACAAUAUAGCUGUUCAUGUUAAAAGAGCACGUGGUGGCCGUACUUUAUAUGGACCCAAAAAAUCUGAAGAAAAGUUAGUAGAAUUCAUGGCCAUUUUAAAAAUACUGCCCAUUCACAGGACGCCAUCCGAACACAAUGCUGUGUGGAAGAUGUUGAAAACAAUUCCAGAUUUAACUUCUCAGCUAAGUGAUGAGCAUCUGAAAAUACUUAGUAAGAAUGUCAUUUCUGAAACCUGGAUAAAAGGCAGCACAGUGAUUGGAAAUGAUGGAUUUUAUAUAAUACUGAAAGGCUUAGCUCGACCUCAAACACAGGUAUAUAAAAAUCUGAUUGAAGAUAAUGAGUCAACGACUUCUUUCAUACCUCAGAGUUUCCACAAUUUUGUUUUCAGUGAAGACUUCAAAAACUCUGUACUGACUGAGAAGCAGUUAAUUCCGUGUGACUCAAUGCUUGGGCAAUGGAGUACCUUUGGAACCCUGGAUAUUACAGCUCGGAUUGAAUCAGAAGCAAAGGAGUAUGCAGUGGUGACAGAAGAAGAUUGUGAAAUUCUUAAAAUCCCUGCAAAGAAUUAUGCAAAGUUAAAAUCGGAAAAAACAAAGCUAGAAAAUAAACAUAAGGUGAAAUUAAUUCGUAAGUGUCCGUAUUAUGAAGAGUGGCCUACUUUAUCCAUAUAUGAGCUAGUUACACUCAUUAAAUGGAAAAAAUUCCCUCCAGGUCAUGUGAUAGUGGAAAGUGGAAAUAUAAUCUCCUUUGUGGCUUAUAUUAAUUCUGGAUAUUGCAAAAUUUAUAGAAAUAUUGUAGGACUUUCAAAAACACAAUCAAAAAGAGUGAAAAAAAAUCAAAAACGUGUUUAUAUGGGUAGACUUAAGGAGAAAGAGUCUUUUGGUGAGAUUAGUGUUCUUCUUCAAGUUCCUUUCACAUGCACAAUAAUUACUGGAAAAGACGUUGAGAUGGCAAUCAUUGAAGAUAAAGACCUAUUUGGAAAGUUUCUCGAUGUUUCUCUGUUUAUUUCCAAUAAAAUUUUUGCAAAAUAUUUCACCUACCUCAGGCCUGUGGACCUGAGCUCCAGAAGAAUGGCUGGAGCUGUUAAAACUGUUACUUCAAAAGAGAAGCUGAAAACGGUCGGCUCCAGAUAUCAGGUUCAUUCAAUUUAUGCACAUGAUUGA